AAAAGACGGCUAGAAACGGAUUCGUUUGGCUGCCGAUCACAAGAGGCCCCCUGUGCCAAAAGGGAUCACCGGGAGGCGGACACCUUGACAGCCAUUUGUCCCGUUAUGGAGCCAACAUGCAUUGUUUGAUACAGCGACACAGUGAUGAAGCACUAACAGCUUUAGCAGAGAGACAAGGUCCUGCGUGCUAUAAUACUUCUCAAAGAAAUUGACCCUGUUGUACAGGGGAUUUGGGGAUUUUUUUUGCCAUGUGUCAAAUCAGCUUGCCAGCUGCCUCACGUGACAGUCUCCCUUGACAGGAGAGAAGCGAGACGUCGACCAAAGAUGGCCGACAACGCCAUCCCACCCCUGAUGCUUUUGUCUACAGGGCAAACGCGUAGGGGUGGAGUACUUCCAGGUUUCAUCCUACCCUCUUUCCCUCUUUUUUCUCUACUCCUCUAUACUCUCAUAUCUUCCUCAACGGCUGCUGUUAGUUUGCCGGGAUUAGACUAUGACUAUGGAGCCCAGCCCAAGUUUGUUUGCACCCCAAUUCCAGCGGACGCAGACCCCAGCUGCUUCACACCAGGCGGGGCAGCACACGGACCUGUCCACGACAGACCCAGCAGUAAUGGGCAUCAUGGACCUGCUGCAGGGGCGCCCAAUGGUAACGGCAGGAGGCCGAUGGGAAUGGGGAUGGGGAUAGGAAUAUCAGACGAAGCCAAAUCCACCAUCCUGCACCUUCGCGAGAGCCUGGUGCGGCAAAAGGAGACCAUCUUAGACCAACGGGAGACGAUCAGGGAACUGACUGCCAAGCUGACCCUCUGUGAGGGCUUUGGCCGGGGGGUGGGUCAUCACGAUGACCAUCACGACGACCACCAUGGAAACGCGCGUCACAACUCCCAUCACCCGAGCUCGCAUCACUCCUACCAUGACGCUGACCACCACGGGGACCCACACUACCCACCGAACAAUGGGCACCGAUCAGACCCACACCACCGAGGGAAGGAUAACUCUGGGAGCAAGCAUGGGGCCUUCUCCCCUGAGCAGACUAGGAAAACGCUACAGACACUCAAGGAGAGGCUGGAGAACUUGCAGGCCAGGAAUUCCUCCAGCUCCUAUUCAAGCUCACUGAGAGACCUCCUGCAACGCAAAAUCAAUGCACUUGAGAAGCAGCUCAACAAUCACUACGGUGGGCAUCAUGAUUAUGGUCACCAUGACGACCACCACGAUGACCACCAUGACGACCACCACGAUGACCAUCCGGACGACCACCACGACGACCACCAUGAACCUGGUCACCGCGAUGACCACCACGAUGAUCAUCACGAUGACCAACAUGGACCGGGUCACCACGACGACCACCAUGAUGACGAUCACGACACCCACACCCCCACCCGCUACAACAACCGCCCCAACAACCGUCAAAACAGUCACCAUGAUGACCAUCACUAUGACCGACACUAUGACCGCCAUUAUGAUCGUAGCCACGGCCGCCAUGACACACACCAUAACGACCACCAUGACGAUCACCAUGACGACCAUCCUGAUGAUCAUCACGACGACCACCACGAUGAUCUUCACGAUGACCACCGUGAAAACGGUGAUGACCACCAAGGCAAUGACGACCAUGGCCAUCGUCCUCGUCCAGCCUAUAACAGCAAGCCACCACCUCCAUUGCCUCUUGGCCGUGGACACAACAAGCUGGAAACUGUGCUGAGCCACCUUAACCACAGGAACUCUAACCCUGGUAUUGAAACUCUCUGAUAAAUAACCCACUUUGCCAUUGUAUACUCUUGUCCGAUUUAUAUCAUGCAUUCCAAGUUGUAGCUGUAGGUACAGACAUAGUCAAUGC